AUGCACGGUGUCAAUUUGAGCUUGGUGUUGACGCUUCUCUCGACGAGUGCCGCGUCGGCCGGGUCGGGCGACGUCACCAGCGUCGGCACCAUGUGGCAGGCGACGACGGUGCCCGCGAUACUCGCCCCCACCGAGACGAUCAGCCUGGGCAGCGAGCUGUUUUGUGCCUACCAAGCAAGUCAAAGGGCGUGGUGCAGCGCAUACUGCUUCGUCGGCGGCGUCUGCAGCAUGUACGUCGAGGAGAUCCCAGCGGAAAAGACGACCUCCUCCUGCAAGACGACUUCCCCCGCCUGCCCCGCCCCCUUCAGCCUGUACCCGGGCCUGGAGGACGUCGGCUGCUUGUAUGAGGUUCUUUCAGGCAAUUCAUGGAAUGUCAGUCGAGACACUUGCCAAGAGGCGGGUGGUGACCUGAUGGUUCCAAGCGGCCCUGAACAAUACGCCAGGAUAAUUGCUUACUUCAAAGUGUAUAUCCCAGGAGGCUUGUGGUGGGUUGGCAUUUACGACAAUGUGUGGCUGACCGGUCGGGUUGGCGUCACGGCAGAGUGGGACGCAGGCCAGCCCAACGGGGGAGAAGAGCACUGCGGGUCCAUGCUCUCUGCUUCUACCAUGGGCGACUACCCCUGCUCCACCGCGUUAAGUGCCGUCUGCCAGAUACGGCGUUAA